UCAGAGAUGUCCGAGGUAGAAUACAACACAAUGAGAGACGCUGUACUGGAGGAGGAUACUACCAGUGAAGAUGAAUUUUGCGAAGUUGAUCUUUCAGAAUUUGGCAUUGAACUGUCUGUCUCUGAAAGUGAUGUUAGCUUCAGUUCCCAUCAGUUCUUGAUCUUGAAUGAAUCGGCAGCCAGCAGUCACACAUCCUCCCAGCUAUUUGCUAGUUUGUUUCUGAAUCCCGUAUCUGAAGAACGAGUUCCAGGAUAUCACAGCUGGGUACACAGGCCCAUGGAUUUAUCCAAUAUAAAGAGAAACAUCAGAAAGGGACUGAUCCGCACAACGGUGGAAUUCCAGCGAGAUAUCAUGCUGAUGUUCCAGAAUGCGGUGAUGUACAACAGCUCCGAUCACGACGUUUACCACAAAACAGUGGAAAUGCAGCGAGAUGUCUUGGAACAGAUCCAGGAUAUACUGGAAGUAGUGGAACUGGGUGAUUAUAACAAGAGAUACAGUGGGAAGAGUUUGUAUCUUAUGGAUAAAUGAGUAUUUCUGCUGUCGGGAAAUAUUGAAAAUGAUAUUCCAGCUGUUGGAGGAGAUACUGAAAAUGAAUAUUUUUGUUAUAUUUCUCAACAGUUAUUGCAGUACUUUGAUUUUUCGUCACUGUACUCAUGAUGUUGUGGGCUUUAAAUGAGAAACCACAUGGGAAAAGAGAUGGUCAUAAAUGUGUACAAGUUGUUACAAGUUGCAGAGGUUCGUAGGAAUGCAGAUUGCUGCUAAGUUAACCUGUUGGGCAUAUUCUUCACCCCAAAAACAGAAAUCCAAGUUCAUAGAUUUUUAUUUUCAAUAAUGGUACACUUAUUAUGUGUACUUAUUACAGUUGGUUCAGUUUCCGCAAAUUUAUUGACCAGGUACCAGUUGUUUUGUACUUCAUUUUAUAGUUUGUUAAUAAAAUUUAUUGAUUCUCUUUGCAGACCAGUUUAUAUUUGGUGUUCUUCUUCACUUUAUCACCCAGUUCUGCAUCUUUGUCCUUUCAAAAUGGCAGACCUAUAUAGUUAAAGGAAUAUAUUUUAAUCCUUUGAUUAAAUUUCACUCCUUUAUAUCAUUUGAAACGUUUUGAUGUAAGAGGUCAUUCAGCACUGCUCCCAGUCUUAAUUUCUGUUUUACCAUGGCUACGGUAAAACAGAAAUUACCUCUCGUCGCACCUCCCCUUCUCAUAAUCUGACACCAUUAAGAUAAUAAUCUGCCUUCUUAUUCUUCCCACCAAAGUGGAUAACCUCAUUUAUCCACAUUAUACUGCAUCUGCUCACUCACCCAACCUAUCCAAGUCACCCUGCAGCCUCAUAGCAUCCUCCUCGCAGCUCACACUGCCACCCAGCAUUGUGUCAUCCGCAAACUUGGAGGUGUUACAUUUAAUUCCUUUGCCCAAAUCAUUAAUAUUUAUUGUAAAUAACGGGGGUCCCAGCACUGAGCCUUGCUGCACCCCACUAGUCACUGCGCAUGCCAUUCUGAAAAGGACCCAUUAAUUCCUACUCUUUGCUUCCUGUCUGCCAACCAGUUCUCUAUCCAUGUCAAUAUCCUACCCCCAAUACCAUGUGCUCUAAUUUUGCACACUGAUCUCUUGUGUGGGACCUUGUCAAAGGCUUUCUGAAAGUCCAAAUGCACCACAUUCACUGGCUCCCCCUUACUCAUUCUACUUGUUACAUCCUCCAAAAAUUCCAGAAGAUUAGUCAAACAUGAUUUCUCCUUCAUAAAUCGAUGCUGUCUUGGCCCGAUCCUGUCACUGUUUUCCAAAUGCGCUGCUGUAACAUUAAUAAUUGACUCAAGCAUCUUCCCAACUACCGAUGUAAGGCUAACUGGUCUAUAGGAAUAGGUGAUAUUUCGCUUGGGUGGUUUACAUCCCAGCAGUAUGAACAUUGACUAAUCUAAUUUUAGAUAGCCCUUGCUUUCUCCCUCCUUCCCCCUCCCGCUUCCCAGUUCUCCCACAAGUCCUACUGUCUCCGCCUACUUCCUUUCUUUUCCCCUCCCCCCCGACAUCAGUCUGGCGAAGGGUCUCAACCCAAAACGUCGGCAAUUCUUUCUCUCCAUAGAUGCUGCCUCACCGGCUGAGUUUCACCAGCAUUUUUUGUCUACCUUUUGGUCUCUAAUUUUGUUUACUCUCUCCCUCCUUUCUUUAAAAACUGGGCUUAGAUUAGCUACCCUCCAGUCCACAGGAACUGAUCCAGGGUCUAUAGAACAUUGGGAAAUGAUCAGCAAUGCAUCCACGAUUUUUAGGGCCACCUCCUCAAGUACUCU